AACGCGAUCGCAUGGUUCCUGCAGGCGAAGCUAAAGUAUAUGUCGGACCCGAAUAACAUGGACCGCGAGCUGAAGUUUGCUUUUGUCCUUUUUGUGUGGAUGAUUUUUGUGGGACUUAUGGGCGGCGCCUCGUAUGUGAACGUGUUCCACAACAUUCUUGAGGAGACGCGACUGAUGCAGGAGAAGGAGCUGAAUGAGGCCAUGGUGUUUCUUGCCUCGCGUCAGAAAAAGAGUGGCGAUGCGGGAGGGACGCACGCCGAGCGUGGGGAGCAGGAGAGGAACGUGGUGGACGGCGAGUCAAAGGAAUUGUGCGAGGCGGCCCACUACAUCACGACGGUCUGGAAGGAGAAGCGUGACCUGGCCAUGAACAUUGGGUCCAUAUACUCGACAAUUGGAAUUACUUUGGGUUCACUGCUGGACCUGCUGUUCACGCUGGUGGUGCUCAAGGGAGAAGCGGAAGCGUAG